CUCGUCCAGAGGUGGGGUCCUGUGCCGGUAAUGGGCGACCAUGUGUUUGCUCUCACAUGCGUAUUUAACAUAGCUGCCCUGUUCAUCCUCUUUCUCGUCUCUGGUAUCUCUACGGGCUCGAGAUCGUUUAUCACAGAACAGGCAAAGGCGUUUACCUUUUCAUCGUCGCUGUUUGAUGUUCUCUGCUUCUCUGCAGGUCGAUCAGCAGGCCUGGGGCUGGCGUAUGGGGUGUACGAUAUCCACGGAAUGGGCUUGCUGUAUGCGGCAACGGGAGCCACUACGGUGUAUGCGGUAGUGAAGGCGGCAAUGUUCUCGCUGGGCGGUUGGGAGGCCAAGGGAGGGGUCGAGUCUAUGGCGGUGAUCAUUAUGUUUGGCUUCUUUGUCUCGGCCUGGCUCGAGACGCUGGUCUUUUACCGGCGGCUGCGGAUUCGGUCGCAGGAACGGGCGCAGGCGCUGGCAAAGGAGGCGGACCGCGAGCGUGAGCGGCUGCUGUUUGCCUCGCUUCCUCCGUCGGGCACGUCGGGCUCGCUGCAAGCGCCGCGGUCGCCGCUGAGCGCGCGGCGGUCGCGGCUGCACUCGUCGUCACCAGCACUGCCGUCGCCGUCACCGGCGCGAUCGAUGUACGGCUCGAUCGGGGCGAGCGAGGUGCGGAGAGUAGGCUUGAGCAGCUCGCGGCUGUCGUCAGACGAAUACGAUGAGUACGACUUUGUUGACGCCGACGAAUACCGUACGCCACCGUCGUCAAUUGCGGGGUUGGAGUCGUCACCGCGCGAGGACGGACCGGGUGUGGUCGAGGCUGUGUACGGCAUUGGCACGUCUGGUCGCAGCGAGUGGCCGGCCGGAUACGAGGAUGCCAUUGCCGGGGCGUACACGCAGCUCGAGGUUUACGCCCGCGACGAGGGAUGGGUGCAUGUGGGCUCCUCGGGUGGGGUUGAGUCGUUCCGCCGCAAGCACGCCGGCACCUCCCUGUUUGCAGUCAAGGGCGUUGGCAACAUUGCCGCGCCGCCUGCUCAUGUGUACGCGCUGCUGCGAGACACGAGCCGGCGUGGCGAGUGGGACCCGAUGUUUGUCUCACACAGCUACCUAGAGAUAUUCAACGAGAGAUACCGCAUCACGCACUACGCGUUUAGCGCGCCGGGCCCGGUGCAGGGCCGUGACAUGGUGGUCCUCGCCGGCUCGACGGUCCAGGCUGAUGGCGCUAUCCACAUUGUGUCGUUCUCUGUCGAGCACAGCGGUGCGCCGGCCGGGCGCGAAUACGUUCGGGCGCACCUUCACUUUGCCGGCUACGUACUCGAGCCAUCAGAUGGCGGCACGCGUGUCACGUACAUCAACUGCGUCGAUCUCAAGGGCUGGCUGCUCUCGUCGGUCAAGAACUAUGUGGCUACCCAGAGUACCCAGGCUAUCGAGCGGCUGCGGGUCUUGGUCGAGGCGACCGUGUAGUGUGGUUGACUUUAGCACUUAGCGACGGCCCUUGUUGACGGUCUCGCCGUUGUAGCCUGCGUAACCGUAGAUAAAGGCUGCAAUCAUGAGGA